GAAUGUGACAGUGUGAGCGUGCUCCCCCUGACAGCUGCACACUGGGCCCAAAUCAAAACAAGCCUGCACCUCAGACACACACACACUUGUUGCAGUACUGGAUCCAUCACUGCUGCCAGCUGGGAGGACAGCAAGGUGGGUGUGGAGGAGCUUAUGGGCCAAACAAGAUCUUUAUAUCUAUAUCAAACAGGAACUCAACUAGAGCAUCAUCAAAGCCAGAGUGGAGGAAACUUCAGCCCAGUCUGAAACAGAAUGGGGGAGGAUAAGGAUCCAGACAUUGAGUUGUUUGUGAAGGCGGGCAGCGAUGGGGAGAGCAUUGGGAACUGUCCGUUCUCUCAGAGGCUCUUCAUGAUCCUGUGGCUGAAGGGGGUGGUGUUCAAUGUCACUACAGUAGAUCUCAAAAGAAAACCAGCUGAUCUUCAUAAUCUGGCUCCUGGAACGCACCCACCUUUCCUCACCUUCAAUGGAGAAGUACAGACCGAUGUCAACAAGAUCGAGGAGUACCUAGAGGAGAUGCUAGCACCUCCAAAGUACCCCAAACUCGCUGCAAAAAACAGGGAGUCCAACACAGCAGGAAACGACAUCUUCUCUAAGUUCUCUGCAUACGUUAAGAACACACAGCCUGAAGCUAACGCCAGUCUUGAGAAUGGUCUGCUGAAAGCUCUGAGGAAACUAGACAACUAUCUCAACACUCCUCUGCCUGAGGAGAUUGAUGCAGACAGCAUGGAAGAGGAGAAGUGCUCAACCCGCAAAUACCUGGACAGCAAUGAGUUAACACUGGCAGACUGCAACCUCCUUCCUAAACUACAUGUUGUCAAGGUUGUUUCCAAGAAAUACCGUAAUUUUGACAUCCCGUCGGAAUACACAGGGGUGAGGCGCUACCUACAGAAUGCUUACGCACGAGACGAGUUCAUCAACACGUGUGCUGCAGACAAGGAGAUAGAACUGGCCUAUCAGGACGUAGCCAGGAGACUGACCAAGUGACCCAUCAAGUGACCCUAAAAUCAACCAUCCUGUAUCACGUAUGCACUUAUUUCCACAGACGAAUCUACAGUAAGACUGCUCAGCACUGGAAAGCAGGGGUUCGGUUUAUAGAUUCACUCUUCUGUCUGGAGGAAUUUUAAACGUAUCUUCUUUAUUGUGUGUGUUGCCUUCAGGACACCAUAUUGGAUUGGUCCUUUAAUCGCCCUAGAUAGACUGUUGCCUGGUUCUAAUGCUGCCUGUGUACACUUUGCAUGCUGUUGCCAUUUUAUUCCCCUGGUGCAAGUGGCAUGAAUUCGUCUUAUCAGCAACUCUGUAAUGGGCUUGAGAUUACACUGUGCCACUGAAAUUGUUUGUUUAAAGUCUUGUGUUUUUUCCUGAACUGCAUUUUGUUUCAGAGUAUAUUUCUUUUUGCUGCUUUUCUACUGUCUGUUCUCCUGUCUGUACACAGUCAUAUAUCACCAGUGUUGAAUCAUACAGUGUUCUCCAGUGUCCACGUCAGGCAUGCACAUGUAAACUGGGCUUAACUGAUUGUUUGUUUGUUUUUUUUAUUAUUUUUUCCCAGUUAAUUCUGUUCUCAAAUCAUGUCUUCAAAUCACAGAUGGAUUAUAGAUUACAGUUCUGCCGCUUGAUCCUGCCUUUUUCCAGUUAUGGUUUCUUAACCUGGGAUAUGAGAAUGUAUUUAAUUUAAUGUGUAUGUAGCCUAAAUCUCAUCUAAUUUCUGCAUUAAUAUGCUUAAUUGCAGUUGCUGGACAGUAUUGGAUUUUUUAAACUGAACUUAACCUGAGAUAAACUGUGAAAACCACACAGUGAUUAAUCCACAUUGCCUUUAUGGAAAUGCCUAAAGAAAGUGUGUACACAACCAAACAGAGCCAUCUAGUGGAGAAACAUUGCAAAAUGUACAAUGUUACAUCCCAAUGUGAAUAUAUAAUUAUGUAACUUUUCAUCAGUCAUGUAAUAUCCAGUCAGAUUAUUCACUGCACAUUCAGUAAUAAGUUAUCUUUUAUUAUGGGUAUUAUAACAGCAAUCAUUCAUGUCUAAACAUGUCCUACAUUUUCUUUCAAACAAUUGAAAGAAAUGUGGGCACACAUGGAACUGUGUUCUGAUAUUUAUAAUAUAAUAUUUUGUAACUAGCCCUUUCUGGAAUUGGGGGAAUAUUUUAAAUAUGGAAAGACUCUGUUUUUUGGUAAACCAGUAAAAGAAACUGAGAUUUCUGAGAUUUUUUACUAUUUUGUCUGAAAUGUGAAUGGACAUUUUUUUAAACACGUGUUUAAAAAAUAUAUAUUUGAGAUUUUAAGAUGCAGUCUAUAUCACAAUAAAAUAUUUGACCGGUAAUUACAGUACAAUACUGUAGAUCCUUUAAUACAAUUUUAAUAAUUAGAUUAGAUGUUUUUUACACAUGUCUUCUACAUGUCACAUGUGCACUGAGUGCACAGACUGUAUAGAUUUUUUUAAUUCAAACUGUUUGCAGAUUUGCAGAGUUGGCCAAAACAUUUGAACGGACAUAUAAUAUAUAUAUAUAUAUAUAUAUAUAUAUAUAUAUAUAUAUAUAUAUAUAUAUAUAUAAAAAAAGAAAAUAGAUGUUCUAUGCAAUUAACUUUAUACUUUAUAUAUGUUAAUAGAGUAAGCACAUAAACCUGAGAAUCAGACUUUAAUAAAGAAAAUACUAAAUAAAUAAUAAUAAUAAUAAUAAUAAUAAUAAAGAAAAUAUAUGAGAUUAAAAUGUACCCCCAAUUCUAGAAUGACCUAGAACUGUACAUGUACAAACCUGUCCCGAAUUCUGGAUGGUUCUCAGGUAUUUCUGGACCUAUGUGAAACCUGUAUGUGUUUGAAUUGACUCUUCGUCUAAUGUAAAAUAAAUCUAUUUUUUGAA